CCACCACUGCACUCAUUUCGAUAAGCUAUAAAGCUCUUUCAUCCUUGGCAUAGUAGCAAUCUUAUGUGAACAUUUCAUUGAAACCCAAGCGAUACUUCUCAAGUUAUAGACUCUCCAAGGAAUAGCGGACAGACAGACAGACCGACGUGAUGUACCUACAUGUCAUAUCCAAAACAUGCAAUAUCUUAUUUUAGAAAUUUUUUGCGAUUACAAUACCUUUUCCCAGUGGCGUAGGAAGUAAAAGCGGUGAAGUAUUAAGCUAUUUAGCACCAAUUUGGACGACGUAGCAAAAUGCCCUGUAGAUCGAAUAUUUUUCAAGAACUUUUGCGAAGUAAGCUAAUUUCAGUGUCAAAUAUGGUUGCAAUAAGACGUCAAAAUUAAUCGGCAAUUUUGAGAUUUCUCAGACCUUUUAUUUUUGUUUUAUUUUCUAUUGGUGAAUCUUAUGUGGUUAAUCGGCGGGAUAUAAAAGAAUAAGCCGACAAAAAGCGGUAGAGAAGCAGGUUAUUGAAACCCAUGGAACAUCACGGGACUAUGGCUGCCAGACACAGGCCACGCUACUUGGACGAAAUCAUGGAGGUGAUCGUUAACAUGAAAGAAGCGAAGGGCUCGACAUCCAGGAGAAUUUUGGAUAGGGUGCAUAACCUGCUGAUAUUGAAACGUAAAAAAGGCAAGGUGGACCCUACGCAGAUCAAGAAGGCUCUCGUUAGAGGCGUGGAAUGCGGCGUCUUAAUGAAGAAGAAUGGCAAAUACAAGUUGGGCCUUGACACCAAGGACUAUGCCAUCUACCGGAGCUGGACUGGCAAACAUGCUCGUCAGGCAAGGACACGGUCUAGGCGGUCUAGAAGAAAAAAAAGAAGUCACAGGAGAGGCAGGAGGGGCAGGAGGAUGAGGAGCAGAAGCCACAGUCUGGGUAGGCAAAGAGGGAACCACUACAGCUCCAGCGAUGAAGCGGACGAUUAUGCGUCUGAUACGUCGGGAGAAUACUCCCAAUCCGAUGCAUCCGACAAAGACGACAAGAAAAACAAUAAGAAAAAGAAACAGGAAAAGACAGUUCAAAAGAAUGCUCCAGUCAAGAAACGUUCAUCAAAUCAUAGGAGUUGUUCCAAAGGCCCUCAAGAUGGUGGAAUAAGCACGUUAUACACAAAAUCGGAAAGAAGUAUCGCAAGUAUAAAAGAGAUAAACAAACGUAGAUCGAAAAGCAGAAGUACAUCCAAGCUCAAGAGCAAACGCUCUAGUGCCGAGGGAAUUGGUGAUAGGAAUGAUAAAGUAAGCCGCGUAGGCAGAAUCCUAAAUGCCAGGACACGUCGGCUGCUAUGAGGAGCUUAAACAAACUUUGUUUCCGAUUUUUGAACUAUAUAAGGCCACUGCAUGAAGGACGGAAAAGCGCCGGCAGACAAUAAACAAGCACCGUACUGCGGCAGUCCCGAUUGCCUCUGUAAUUUAUGUGUGGAGCACAAUGAGUCUAAGUGAUAAUCGAUAUUGUAUGAACACUUGCAUCAAAACCACUGUUAAGCCUUCUGCUCUAAUCGAGGAUGAACACAAUAAAUUCGUUAUUGAUGGAAUAUUGAUUAGGCGUUUCUUUGCUAACUUGUGUUUUACGUGCGGAGACUUACCAGGAGAAAGUAGCGGCCAAUAAAUUACGUGGCUAAUGAUACGGAUGUCAAUGUACGACACAGCUGAAAUAUUACAUGUGCUUCAAAUACAGAUUUCUUUAUCAGGAUAUA